UAAUAAAAUAAUUUCCUUCACUUUCUCUCUCCACACCAAACCCUAAAUAAACCCCCCCAUUAAGUCUCGCCACCUCUAUUGCAUGUUCCGUUUCCCUUCUUGUUCUCUUCUUCUCCCUCCCUCUCUAUAUCUUCUCUCUGAACCAGACAAGAACCAAGGAAGCGAAGCUUGCGAACAGAGAUAGAGAAACAAGGAAAAGCCCAGUUUCAUGGCUGUUGAAGCUCGGCAUCUGAACCUCUUUCCCUCUCAACUGAUUGAAAAUAGAGAAAUCAUGAACGCCAUUGGGAACAACGGGAAUAUCUACAGUACCCAGAUGGGCAUGGGCUAUGGCGUCCCAUUAUCAGGAACCACCGCUGACACGCUCCUCCCCUUCUACAAUUCUGUCAUCUCCGAUUCGGUUCCAGCGACGACGACCAUGAAGGCCGACAGCGGUCUCACCUACAACCUCCCCGUCUCAAGAAAGCGUUCGAGGGAUUCCACCACCAACUCGUUCAUUGCCAUGCCCGAGUCUCAGAAAGAUUCCCGCACCAGUCCUUUGUCUUUUCUUGGCGAAGACAUUUCGCUGCAGAUCCAACAGCAGCAAUUGGAAAUCGAUCGAUUAAUCGAUCAACAUACAGAGAAGGUGAGAUUAGAGCUGGCAGAGCGACGAAAGCGGCAUUCGAGACGGCUGGUAGCAGCAGUCGAGGAAGGGAUCAUGAAGAGAUUGAGAGCGAAAGAAGAAGAGAUUGAGAAAAUCGGGAAAUUGAAUUGGGUCCUCGAAGAGCGAGUGAAGUCUCUGUGUUUGGAGAACCAGAUAUGGCGGGACUUGGCACAAUCCAACGAGGCCACUGCAAACGCUCUGCGAAGCAACCUCGAGCAGGUCCUAGCACAGGUUAACGAAGAACGCCACCGCGGCGCACGUGAAGACGACGCACUAGCCGACGACGCCCAAUCCUGCUGCGGGAGCAGCGAUUAUGGAGCGGAGGACGAAGGGAGGAGGCGCACGGUAGCAGAGUCCGGAGGAGGAGAGAGAAUCUUGGUGAACGGCGGCAGCAGCAGCAACAACAACGGCAACAGCAGCCGAAGCAGUUUCAGCAGUAACAGGUGGUGUAGGAACUGUGGAAAGGAAGAGUCGAGCGUGUUGCUGCUCCCGUGCAGGCAUCUCUGUCUCUGCACGAUAUGUGGGUCCACCCUUCACACCUGCCCCAUAUGUAAAUCCAACAAGAACGCCAGUGUCCAUGUUAACAUGUCCUCAUGAAAAUCACCCAAAAAAAGAAAAAAUAUAAAUAUAAAAAAAUCAAUCGAAAAAAAACCCAUUUUGUAUCCAUUUUUAGCAA